GACAACCUGUUAAACUUUCCCGAGAGAGGGAGAAAAAAAUGACGAGAGAGAGGAGAAAAUCGGGGCAUUACUCCGUCGUUUUGGGCGUCGUAGCGCCGCUGGCACUGAGCCAAAAACGCACGCGCUUCGGGACGAGCGACAAAUCCACCACCUCUCAGGCUCAGGCUCAGGCUCAGGCUCACCACCACCUUCGUCUUCUCUGUACAAAUGAAGCUCCCCAAAAUGCAGCAGCAGAUGAUGUUAAAUCAAGUUCUACGCCUUCUGUGUUCGUGAAUUCAGAACCGAUACGAGAGGAACAGGUGCAAAAUGCUGUCAAAUUUCUCUCACACCCAAAAGUUCAAGGUUCUCCAGUCAUCUAUCGACGAUCUUUCCUUGAAAGGAAAGGUCUUACCAAGGAGGAAAUAGAUGAAGCAUUUCGGCGGGUUCCAGACUCAGCUCCAAGUGCUCAGCCUGCAAAUGUUAGUCCAGAUCCACAGUUGAAAUCUUCAGCAAACAUUCAGCCCCAAUCCUCAGCACAAGCUCUGAAGCCUGCUGCUACUGCUCCUGCUGGUGUUAUAUCCUCAGCGGUCACCACAGCUCAACCGAGAUUUCGCUGGAUCCAUGCUGCUUAUGCUAUAGGUUUUCUAGCAGUGUCUGGUGCUGGAACGGCUGUCCUGUUGAAGAAUGCUGUAAUUCCUAGGUUCAAGUCUUGGAUGCGCAAGGUUAUAUCGGAUGAAGAAAAUGAUGCUCUCAAGAGAACUAACGCUGGACCAAGUUUGGAAGAGGAAACUGCUGCUGCAGCAAAAGCAGCUGCAGCUGCAGCUGCAGACGUGGCAAAAGCCAGCCAGGAGAUGUUGAACUCUAAAGUUGAAGAGAGGAGGUACUUUGGGGAAUUGGUGAAUCUGCUGGACAUCCAAGUACAGGAGAUGAAGUCAAUGAGUACUGCUAUCCGGAAGUUAGAAGGACAUGCAAACACUACGGGUGCUCUUUCUCAGUUCAACCAUGAAGAUCACAGAGGAUCACUCACUAGUUCGAAGCAGCCAUAUGCUAACGGGAGGGCAGAAUUUGAUUCACGUUCAGUGAGAUCUUCUUCACCUCCAGCAUCUUCAGAACCCUCUGCGGCACCUCAUCCAAAGUCGUAUAUGGAGAUUAUGGCCAUGGUCCAAAGAGGGGAACGACCUCCAAAUGUAAAGGACAUCAAUGAUUCGCCCCCCAAUCCUCAUCAGCAGAUACCCAAUCCUCGCUUAGCACCAAGAGCUAAGCCUUGGGCGGCCGGUCAGACCCAAAACAACUCGAGCAAUGUGUAUCAGUACCAAUCGAGUGCUGAAGCUUGGAAUUACAAUGCUCAAGACAAUGGAAUCGUUGACCAGUCAAAUGGUGAUGCUUCUGCACCCUGGUGGCAGAAGAAGAAUGUUAGAAUUACUGAAAUUGACCGUGAUGAGGACUUGAAAACCGGUACUCAUGGUUACCAAACCAGUGACCAACCAGUUCAGCGUGCAUGGGUGCCACCCCAGCCACCACCUAUUGCCAUGCCUGAAGCUGCAGAAGCCAUUCGGCGCCCAAAACCGGCCGCUCAGAAAGAACAAUCCUCUGAUGAAACAGCGUCUCGCUCUUCUGAUAUAACUGAUGAACUGCAGAAGGUCACAAAAUUUUCCGAGUCUGGAGGGGCAGAGAGUACCGGUGACAUGAGCUCGGGAAUGAACUCAAGUGAGAUACAGGUGGAACAGGAAUAGAGUUACUAAGAGAACUCAACAUUACUCAUGUCGUCUGUUUUUCCCAAGUCAAGUAUGCAUGAACAACUGCUGAGGUGAUCGUGGCAUCAAGUAUACACCUCAUACCACUAUAUCAGCAGAGGUUAUCAUAUGAUAGUUUGUUUGGACAGGGACCUGGAAUAAUAAAUCUUGCUGCUGGGCUCAAUAACGAUGUAAUUCAUGUACAGAGAAAUGUUAUUUUGGCACAGUUCUUGGUUAUCUUGACCCGUGUUCCUAAAAUGCGAGAUAACUAGGAUGAUCUUCAUAACCAGCCAAUGAGAUCACCCUCACCGGGAUCGAGACUAAA